GCAUUCCCUUUGACAGGCAGAGAGCCUUCUCUUGCAAAUGAACACAGAGAUGUGGCCAAAUGUGAGCUGAGGGGUCGUAUGAGGGAAGGAGGGGGGCGUGGGCACCUGCCCCGUCUCUAAGGCCUAAGCCUGGUCUGGAUCUCCCAGCAGGACCAGUUGACCAUGGAGACGGGAAACCACACAAGCACCUCUGAGUUCCUCCUCCUAGGGCUCUCCAGCCGGCCCGAGAGGCAGGAGCUGAUCUUUGGGCUCUUCCUUGUCAUGUACCUGGUCGGGGCAGCAGGGAAUUUGCUCAUCAUCCUGGCCAUUGGCUCAGACUCCCACCUCCACACACCCAUGUACUUCUUCCUCAGCAGCCUCUCCCUGGUGGAUUUCUGCUUCAUCUCUGCCACAGUUCCCAAGAUGCUCGUGAACAUCCAGACAAAGGCUCAGUCCAUAUCCUAUGGUGGCUGCCUAGCCCAGAUCUACUUCUGCAUUUUGCUUGCCAACAUGGACAACUUCCUCCUGACGGCCAUGGCUUAUGACCGCUACGUGGCUAUCUGCCACCCGCUGCGCUACUCCACUGUGAUGAGUCUGCGGAUCUGUGCCCUGAUGCUGGGGAGCUCCUGGCUCAUCGCCAGCUCCCACUCCCUGCUGCACACCCUCCUCAUGGCUCGGCUGGAGUUCUGUGCCAGCAACGUCAUCUCUUACUUCUUUUGUGACCUCGUUCCCCUGCUCCAGCUCUCCUGCUCCAAAACCCAACUCAACCAACUCAUGAUUCUGCUGGUGGGGGGCCUGAUCGUCCUCAUCCCCUUCCUUGGCAUUCUCAUCUCCUACAUCCACAUCGUGUCUGCUGUGCUCAAGUUCCCAUCAGCCCGGGGCAAACAAAAGGCCUUUUCCACCUGCGGCUCCCACCUCACGGUAGUCAUCCUCUUCUAUGGGACCAUCACGGGGGUCUACUUGAGUCCCUCAUCCUCCCACUCAGCUGACAAGGAUUCACUGGCGUCAGUGAUGUAUAUGGUGGUCACCCCCAUGCUGAACCCCUUUAUCUACUGCCUGAGGAACAAGGACAUGAAGGGAGCUCUAAGGAAACUAGUCAGCGUGAAGGCUCCACCCCAUGGGCUGUGACAGCAGAGCUUCCCCUCAGGACCUUUGCGCUGGGAAGGGGAUGAACCCCAGGGACAGGCUCCACAUGCACAGGGUGGGAGGAACACAGACCCUGUUGUCCUCGGUUGUCACCAGGGGCA